CAGGCUUUACAUACAGCAUCGUACUUAAUCCCCCACACGAGUUACAUUUUAUAGAUGAGGAAACUGAGGUUUAGUGAUGUCGAGAGUUUUGCUGCAUGAAAUUAAGAUCACACAGUAGGUAACACAACUGGGAUGUAAGUCCACCUAUUUCUAUGGCUGCCUUAAUCAAUGACUACAAAUACCAGCAUCCCUUGCCAUGCCCGCUGGUGCAAACGCACACUCCCAAGGACCCAGUUCUAACGCUGGAUCCUAAACCCAAUCAGACACCGCCUCUCUCUGUCCCCCGACCAAUGGGAAGGCUGUUGCUAACACGCCGGCUAUAUUUUUAGCUUUCGGUGAUCUGGGAGCUUGUGGGUCGGCUAAGCCUCCUGCCUGGUGGAAAGAGCUAGGGGAGAAGAGGGAAUGGGAGGGGAGAGGAGGGGAUGAGGAAGGGAAGGGUGCAGCGGGGCUGUGCGGGAGGGGGCGUGUGUGUGACGCUGUCACUCGCUGACGCACAAGGCAAGUAGUCCCUGGAGGUGCCCCUGGGGUUGCGGCGCUCCGAGUGUGGGGGAUGGGGGGACGCUCAGGUUCCCUCUCGCCUCCCAGUCUCGGUGGAGUUUGCCCUCUAGCCCUUCAUUUUUCUGCUGCAUUCAGGGAAAGUGCAUUUAAACCCCCACGCUACCGGUCUCUUUGCCCUUGCCAAAAAAAGCGAUCAAGGAAAAAAAAAUGCAAACUGUUCGUAGCUGGAAACUUUCGGAUCUCGCCACCCAACGUAGGCUUGGCGGCUGCUGCUCGGCCGGAACCGUCUGGAAUGACAAAAAAGGUGGGGGCGGGGAGGGGAGAACUGGGAAAUGGGUCAUCUAAGGAGGGACUGGGGCGAACACCCUACGCACAGUUCCUCGGGGGCUCCGGACUGCAACUUCUGGCAGGUGUCUGCCUGUGACCGCAGAACACAGCCCUCUCUAUCCCUAGCUCUGUGUCCCGCACAGUCACAAAGAGGCAGAGCAGCCCGCGUGGCCAGAGGCAGGACAGGGGGCCUCAGGGCGCGGGGCUAGUGCGCCCAGUCCUGAGUUCGCCGAGCCUCGCUCCGCCGCCCGAGGGGCCGUAGUGGCUGCGAGCCCGGCACCCCUUGCACGGUCAGGGGCUACUUCACGCCAGCGAGACUGACUAGAAGAAAUGUGGUUCUCCCGCGUGCCCCACACUGGGGUCGCCAGCCACGGAGAGCAAACCCCGGUAGAGAGAGGGGCUCGCUCCCGCGCGCCUGCGCAAAGCCGGCGCCGGGCCUCCCGACUGCUAGUAAAGGAGCCCCAGAGGCGGUGAGGGGAAGGUCUAUUGUAGCGCUCAGCUCGUUUUCCCAGCCGUCGGCCUAGUCCUCGCCUCUUCCUCCCGCACAGCGCGGCUCAGGUCCCAGAGGUCCCCCUGCCCUUCUUUCGACAUUGAGUACCCCGAGGAGGCACGAGGCGACUGUCCCCUGAGCUCCCCCUCCGCGGAAGCCGUAACUGGGGCGAUACGAGCGCCGCGGGCAGGGCCAAACACCCGGAGCUGGAGGAAGGCCCCGGGAAAUGGCUCGGGCAAAGUUCCGAACCGUGUACGCUGAGGCAGGUGCAGGGCGAAGGAGUCAGCUGGGAAGUUCCCGGAGGGUCUGGUGACUCCGUUCCUUCCCCCGUGACACUCGUCCCUCAAACAACUAAAGAAAGCACUGUGUCCGGCCUGGGAGCAACCUGGCCUCAGGCCGCCCUCAGCCCUCUCGGAGCGCCUGUCCUCAGGGAGAACACCUCACACGACGCGCACAAGUUCAGAGUGUGGCGUGGAAAUAAAAAGGAGAGCGGCGCGUCGCUGUGACGGGAGGGAAAGGCGGGAGCCGAAACGAGUAAGGCUCCGCGUGCACCAAGGGGGCGAGGAAUGGCUCCGCGCGGUACCAGCAGGCUGAGGCGCUAGGGGGGGGGCUGGCAAGUAGUCCCGGCCGGGCUCCGGCCCCGCCCCUGCAGGGCGGAGGGACGCAUCACGCAGGGGUGGGGAAGCCGGAUCCGUGCGCAGGGUUGCUAAGGGUGAAACUUUUCAUUGACUUUGCUCACUUCGGGACAGGGCGCGGGAAGGUGUGGGUUGUUAUUGGGGACACUCACUCGGGCUCGGGCGGCGCGGGGCCAGAAGGGCAGGACCGCCCGUCGGCGACAGCCCAGACCGUCUUCCGUUCCGCGACACGAACCACCCUCCAGUCCGCCAUCCCCGCGCCGUCGCCGCUGGUCCGUCCGCCUGAUCUCCGUCCCCACGCCGCCGAGCCCGACCUCCUAAGAGCUGAAAGAAAUUCUUGCGAUUCCUAGCCCAUAGCCCCCUGCUUCGUCCCCAACCCUCAACGACGAAAAGGACUUUGGUCCCCGACCGGCCGGCACCCGGGAAGGAAGGGAGAGAGACCUCCGCCCCGCGCCCAGGACCACGCUGGAGGGAGAAGCCGCCCCGAGGCCGGCAGAGUGCCCCGCCGCCGCGGAGCCCCGAGUGAAGCCGUCUGGAGCCCAAGGCUGUGCACGUGCGCUGUCCUGAUUCUCUGCCUAGGAAAGGACCAUGCAGCUAGAAAUCAAAGUGGCCCUGAACUUCAUCAUCUCCUACUUGUACAACAAGCUGCCCCGGCGCCGGGCAGACCUGUUUGGGGAAGAGCUAGAGCGGCUUUUGAAAAAGAAAUAUGAAGGCCACUGGUACCCUGAGAAGCCACUGAAGGGCUCUGGCUUCCGCUGUGUUCACAUUGGGGAGAUGGUGGACCCUGUGGUAGAGCUGGCUGCCAAGCGGAGUGGCCUAGCAGUAGAAGAUGUGCGGGCCAAUGUGCCUGAGGAGCUGAGCGUCUGGAUUGAUCCCUUUGAAGUGUCCUAUCAGAUUGGCGAGAAGGGAGCUGUGAAAGUGCUGUACCUGGAUGACAGUGAGGGCUGUGGUGCCCCAGAGCUGGACAAGGAGAUCAAGAGCAGCUUCAACCCUGAUGCCCAGGUAUUUGUGCCCAUUGGCAGCCAGGACAGCUCUCUGUCCAACUCCCCAUCACCAUCCUUUGGCCAGUCACCCAGCCCCACCUUCAUUCCCCGCUCUGCCCAGCCCAUCACUUUCACCACCGCCUCCUUCGCUGCCACCAAAUUUGGCUCCACUAAGAUGAAGAAGGGGGGCGGGGCAGCAAGUGGUGGGGGUGUAGCCAGCAGUGGGGUGGGUGGCCAGCAGCCACCACAGCAGCCUCGCAUGGCUCGCUCACCCACCAACAGCCUGCUGAAGCACAAGAGCCUCUCUCUGUCUAUGCAUUCACUGAACUUCAUCACGGCCAACCCAGCCCCUCAAUCCCAGCUCUCGCCCAAUGCCAAGGAGUUUGUGUACAACGGUGGUGGCUCACCAAGCCUAUUCUUUGAUGGGGCCGAGGGCCAGGGCAGUGGCACCACAGGCCCUUUUGGAGGCAGUGGGGCUGGCACCUGCAACACCAGCAGCUUUGACAUGGCCCAGGUAUUUGGAGGUGGUGCCAACAGCCUCUUCCUGGAGAAGACGCCCUUCGUGGAAGGCCUCAGCUACAACCUGAACACCAUGCAGUAUCCCAGCCAGCCGUUCCAGCCCGUGGUGCUGGCCAACUGACCAUCUACGUGCCCCUAGGGUCAGGAGCACCCAAGACCACAGAAAAGAGAAAGGAAAGGAAAGGUCAAAACAAGGAAAAGAAAAAUGUACAAAAAGAUUUUCAAUCUUCUCACUCUCACUUCUAGAAAAAAUGCGGUCCAGGCAUGGAAUGGGAGGGCCCCACAAAGCACCGAAGUGUGUUUUACUCACCCCCUACUGCUCGCCCACUGGCCUGUGAUUUAUUUGGUUGGUUUGGGUUUUAUAUUUCUUUUUUUUUCUUCUUCUUACAUGUAGUUUUCUAUAUAACAUCUUUAAUGAGUGGCUUCCUGUGCUAAGAAUGGUCCAGAUGUGAAUUGCUGCUCCCUGCUCCUCCCUACCUCCUUCACACUCCUGGUUUAGGAUUGGUGUGUCCAAGCUCACAGGGAAGGAAGAGCUGCAGCUGAAGCCUAAUCCUCCCUGAAACAAGGAGAGGCUGGCUCAUGUCACUGCCUCUGUCACCCACCUAUCCUUGCACUCAAAGCCUUCCAACCUCAGCAGGCCUUCUCGGGCCUCGCCACCUGAAUAGGUCUGACCCCAGUCCCUGCUCUCUUUCAGGCUGGGCCACAGGGAGCUAGCUACCAGCUGGCCACUUGACACCCUCUCCUUAGAGCUGAUGUCUGUGACUACAGGGAAGUUAGCAUUUGUCUAGUGGAACUGCUUUCAUCUCUGUCCUGUGGCCCCACCCUACCAUUCCCUCCAGUCCCAGACCAUCACCAUGGCCCUGGCCACCUGGCCAUCGAUGCAUAUGGCCUUUCUUUCCCUCAUGUGGCCCCUUCUUCCCCAGGCCAGAGGUUGUGGGUAGGGAGGGGUGUGUGUGUAUGUGUGUAUUUGGUUUGCUGUCCUUUUUUAAAGGAUUCCAAGCCAUGUGAAACUUCCCUUCUGCAUGUGAUUCUGGGUUGCAACAAGUGCUUCUUUAUGUGUGAGGCUGGGGAAUAGGCUAGGGGUAUUGGUAGUCCUUUUGCAGGGCAAUGUUCGUGGCGGCAUGACACCACUGUGGCUGAGCCUGAGACACUCCUGUAGAAAGCACUGCAGAAGGAACUGGUUUGCAGACGUGGAGGGAUCUGCACUUUUGUUUUUGACCAAAAAAAAAAAAAAAGGGUUAGCUUUGAAGGGCAGAGGGAAUACCCAAGCCCUUGAUGCCUAUGAGAAGUCCCUGGACUUCAACCCUCCUGUUGUAUGACCUUAGCUCAGUGAGAGCUGCUCACCUGAGCACCCUUAGGGGUGGGCAGGGAGGCAGAAUGGGAUUUUGGCGUUAGUGUCUGUGUGGGGCAGCCCUGAGCCUGGAGUUGAGACUUUAGGUCUCUUGGUUGGAGGCGUUAUUUGAGUGCAUUUGUGCCCCUGCCAGGUUGAGAGUUUCUCCGUACCUCUUGCCAUCACCUCUCACAGCCCUGACCCAACCCCAACCUUGAUGCUGUGAGGAGUGGUGUCCUGACAGGGAUUCAGCACUCCCAGGUGAUGCAUUGGAUCAUAGGAGAGUGCUUGCUCUUCUGCUGCUGCCAGGAGAGGGCUUGUUCCUCACACCCUAGGAGGCCAGGCAAGCAUGGACAGGAGCCAAGGGAGCAGGGUCAUGAACUUUUUCUAAAGUGGGGCACUUGGAAUCAGGGUCUCAUGACCAAAGCCCCUGGCACCACACUCACUCCAUCCUACCCAGGGACCCCAAGUAGGCAACUGCUAUGGCAGUGGGUCCAACCCAGGCCGGCACUGCCAGCCUCCUCUCCCUGCAGUAGGCACCAGCUCUACCUCCCUUGGCAGGCAAUCCCCUGGCUUCCCAGCCCAGCACCAUCUGUUCCCCUAGACUUCUCAGGAGCCAGCCCAGUCUCGGCCACCGUUUCCCUUGUCCCCGGCUCCCACACAGGUGACAGGCCCAGCAGAUAGCUUCUCUCUGGGAAAGGUUGGAUACUGCCUUAUGUCCCCUUCUAGCCCUCCCAUCCAUACACACAGGUGCCCACCCGCACCAGGUCAGCUUGUUGCUCACAUGUAGGGAGAGGGGGGAGGCCAACCCCUUUGUGUCUUUUGAAAUAUGGAGAAAAAUGUGUGUUCAGGAGCAUGACUCCAGUGCUGGGCUCUUGGGCCCAGUUCAGUCUGUCUUGUCUCAAAUCUAGGCAUUUUUGCUUCAAUUUUAUUUUUUUUAAGAAAACAAAAACAGAAAUCUGCACUAAUUUACCUGGUUUCAUAGGAAAACUUUUUUUUUUAUUUUUUACAUUUUUUGGUGUCCGUUUGUAUUGAAUAAUUUGCUACAUUUGUAAAAUGUAAGAGGUAUAUAUAAUAUAUGUAUAUUUCUAACGUAAAAAACAUACUUUUUUUCUUUUCAAGAUUUUUUCUUAAAAAGAUGAGAGAAACAUAUUUUUUCAGGAAAAACAAACUUUUAAAAAAAGAGGAGAAUAAAACGUUUUCUCCCCUUUCCCCAUCCUCUGUCUAUCCCUCUUUCCCAGGAACAAAUCAAAAGGUGGAUUAUCUCGUGAAGAAUGGAAACUGUUAGUCCAGAAUGAUGUCUUUUUCUCAAUGCAGUGAGUUGUAGAUUCUCUAGUUUUCUCCCUAGGGAUGGGAAGGGGGCAUUGAGGCACGCCUGAAGAGGAGCCCGGGGAGCAGGGUCAUGAACUUUUCUUUAGUGAAGGAGGAAUACAAUCAAGGGUUUUGUAUUCAGAAUGUUGUGCAAUAUUUUGGAAUGGGACGUUGGUGUGUUUAGAGAUUUUAGUUUAAAAACAGAACAAAAAGAUCAAAUCUGUACAGUUUCUAUUGUUCCAGAUUUUUUUAAGUUUGUAUUAAAAGCAUGAUAUAUGAUA